AUGUCGAGUCUCACACCAGCCAACACCCGCAUACUCAAGCGGCGAAAAGUUGCGUUAGCCUGUAAUUCUUGUCGUGUUAAGAAGUCUCGUUGUGACGGCCUGAGACCUGCUUGCUCCGGUUGUCUCGAGCUUCGUAUAUACUGCGACUAUGAACGCACUCCAUUGCCCCAGCACAAGAAACCAACAUAUGCGCAGCUUCUAGAACGAGUGAAAGAACUAGAAGCAGAACUGGCAAGCUCAACCGCUCCCGUUACAGAACCAACCCCUCUUCCACAUGAUGUAUCGAUUGCAGAGGACGAGUCAUCUGUCGAUGCGAUAGCCAGCAAUGCUUUCAAUGAGACUCCCGAAAAAGACAUUGGCUAUUUUGGUAAGAGUGGGGACAAUCCCCCGGCAACAGCAGUCAAGUAA